AUGAAACAAUUGUUGAAUUUCAGAGUCAUCGAGCACACGAUAAGGUGUCAGAAUAUCCGCCAGCGCCCGGGUGCCGUGAAACUCGGAUGUGAAAAAGGGCUCAGACUUGCAGUAAAACAAUAUCUCCCCGAAAGCGAUCGGAAGCCACAGCCGUCCGAUGUGACUUUAAUAGGGGCGCAUGCGAAUUCUUUUCCUAAGGAACUUUACGAGCCUCUCUGGGACGACUUGUAUGAGCGAUUACGCGCAAAAAACCGGCAUAUACGGUCAAUUUGGAUAGCAGAUGUGGCUCAGCAAGGGCAAAGCGGCAUCUUGAAUGAAGCAAUAUUAGGAGAUGAUCCCGACUGGUUCGACCACGGCCGUGAUUUACUCCACUUGAUCAAUCAAUUCCAAGAUGAUAUCUCUCACCCAAUAGUCGGAAUCGGCCAUAGCAUGGGUGGGGCACAACUGGCUCAUCUGUCUUUAAUGCAUCCCGCUCUCUUUAAUGGACUCAUUCUGCUUGACCCAGUGAUUCAGCGUGAGAACCCUGGCUGUGGAUUCGCUCGAGCGUCUACAAACCGAAGAGACCUAUGGCCUUCUCGCGAACAGGCCGCCCAAAUGUUACAAUCAAAGCCUUUCUACCGUGCAUGGGACCCCCGCGUUUUUGAGAAGUUUGUCAAAUAUGGGCUUCGAGAUCUUCCUACCCCGACAUAUCCUUUAUCAGAUGAGAAUGGCCAAUCCGCCGUCACGUUAACUACAACGAAACCACAGGAGCUAUUCUUCUAUCUCCGACCCUCUUAUGUGGAUGAGCGAUCGGGCCUUGCUCGAGGCGUACCCAAAGAUGAUAUGCACCCAGAUGACAUUGAAGACUCUCCAUUCCAUCGCCCAGAACCGGCGCACAUAUUCCGACAAUUACCUCAUCUAAAGCCAGAUGUUCUAUAUCUGUUUGGUGAGAGCUCCCCGCUAUCUUCCCCAGCUGCCCGCCAGAGAAAGAUACAAAUGACUGGCACGGGUGUCGGUGGGAGCGGAGGAUUGGCUCGCGGUCGUGUACAGGAAUCUGUUCUACAGUGUGGCCACAUGGUCCCCAUGGAACUUGUUCGAGAAACUGCUGAAGCCGGCGCUUGUUUUAUUGACUCAACUCUUUCGUCCUCGGAGUUACAAACUUCAAAAUUUCAACAGGCGUGGAAUCGAGUUCCCCAUCACGAGCGUGUAGCGAUUGACAAGCAAUGGGAAGCAUAUGUCAAUUGUUGA